CUAUCAUCACAUUCACAGUCUCUCACCAUUCACCAUCGCGAAAGGCUCCAAAAACAUAUUCUCUGCUAACUCUCCGAUCUUUAUUAUCAAAUCUGAUCAAUCAUCAAGAAAAUGAACGAUGCAGAUGUUUCCAAGCAGAUCCAACAGAUGGUCAGAUUUAUCCGGCAAGAAGCCGAAGAGAAGGCCAAUGAGAUCUCCGUUUCUGCUGAAGAAGAAUUCAAUAUUGAGAAACUGCAGCUUGUAGAAGCAGAAAAAAAGAAGGUCAGGCAAGAGUAUGAGCGUAAAGAGAAGCAAGUCGAAGUUCGCAAGAAGAUUGAGUACUCCAUGCAGCUUAAUGCUUCUCGGAUCAAGGUUCUUCAAGCCCAAGACGAUGUGGUUAAUGCCAUGAAAGAGGCUGCAACAAAGGAUCUUCUCAAUGUCAGCCGUGAUCAUCAUGUUUAUAGAAAGCUUCUGAAAGAUCUGAUUGUUCAGAGCUUGCUCAGACUAAAAGAGCCUGCUGUCUUGCUGCGUUGCCGGAAAGAUGACCUGCAUUUGCUGGAGUCUGUCCUGGAUUCAGCGAAAGAAGAAUAUGCAGAGAAAGUAAAUGUUCAUGCACCAGAGAUCAUAGUUGACAAUCAUGUUUUUCUUCCGCCUGCUCCUAGCCAUCAUAAUGUCCACGGUCCUUAUUGCUCUGGAGGUGUGGUGCUGGCUUCUCGAGAUGGAAAAAUUGUGUGUGAGAAUACCCUUGAUGCACGGUUGGAUGUUGUGUUCCGUAAAAAGCUUCCUGAGAUCCGCAAGAAACUCUUCAGUCAGGUAGCUGCAUGAUGGGUUUGGCUUAUCUUGUUGUUUUACCCGUGAUAAUUUAUUUCCAAUAUUUGAAGAUUUAGAAUCUAUUAUCAAUUGCUUGGUUGUAUAAUUAUUCUUUUAUUUUCUUGUCGGUUUAAUACUUUUUUCAUGUCUGAAUUUAAGGAAGCGGAUGUAUUUAUUGCUUUAAUCUGCUACCAUCUGGGGGCAUAGCAAUGCACUCGUAUUUAAUAAUAAACAGAACAUCCUAGUGUUUUGCUUGA